AUGUCUGGUGCAAAGAUCCUGCUGCUCUUGCAGAGCCUGUCCCGCAGGAAACCUCUGGAACCUGAGGGCGAGGAGUCCAACUUCCGCCGAUGCCUGACCACCCUCGACCUGGUGGCUCUGGGGGUGGGCAGCACGCUGGGGGCCGGUGUUUACGUGCUGUCGGGAGAAGUGGCCAGAGCUGUGGCCGGUCCCAGCAUCAUAAUCGCCUUCCUGAUAGCCGCAGUUGCCUCCAUCUUUGCGGGACUUUGCUACGCUGAAUUUGGAGCUCGUGUUCCCAAGACUGGCUCAGCUUACCUCUACAGCUAUGUGACUGUGGGAGAGAUAUGGGCUUUUAUCACUGGCUGGAACUUGUUGCUGUCUUAUGUCAUAGGGACAUCAAGUGUUGCCAGAGCGUGGAGUGGGACCUUUGAUGAUCUCAUUGGAAACGUCAUUGCCAACUCUCUGGGCAAACAGGCUGCAAUGAAUUUACCCGGAUUAGCUCCCUACCCAGACUUCUUUGCAGCUGGCCUCAUAAUGCUCUUGGCAGGGAUUCUUGCAUUUGGUGUAAAAGAGUCAGCCGUUGUAAAUAAGGUUUUUACAGCAGUGAACAUUCUGGUGCUGCUGUUUGUUGUCCUCUCUGGAGUCAUUAAGGGCGACAUCAACAACUGGUACAUUGGUGAAGAUUCUCUCCUGGAUGAAUAUGAAAACCACACAUCACUGAAUGAAACCACCAGAUAUGGCAGCGGAGGAUUUUUCCCUUUUGGCUUUGAGGGGACGUUAGCAGGAGCAGCUACAUGCUUUUAUGCAUUUGUUGGAUUUGACUGCAUUGCCACAACAGGAGAGGAGGUCCAAAACCCUCAGAAGUCGAUCCCACUCGGCAUUGUGGCGUCGCUCCUCAUCUGCUUCCUGGCGUAUUUUGGUGUGUCUGCCGCUCUGACUCUUAUGAUGCCGUACUAUUUGCUCAGUGUUCACAGCCCACUGCCUGUGGCCUUUACAUACAUCGGUUGGGGCCCUGCAAAGUAUGCAGUGGCUGUGGGAUCCCUCUGUGCACUGUCAACAAGCCUUCUAGGAUCAAUGUUCCCGAUGCCUCGUGUUCUGUUUGCCAUGGCCAGGGAUGGACUCCUCUUCAGACCGCUCAGUCAAAUGAGUGACAGACAAAGUCCUGUCAUAGCGACGCUGGCUUCAGGAGCUGCAGCAGCUAUCAUGGCAUUAUUGUUUGACCUGAAGGCGCUGGUUGACAUGAUGUCGAUUGGGACCCUCUUUGCCUACACACUUGUAGCCAUAUGUAUCCUCAUAUUAAGGUACCAAGCAGACCUCAUCUUUUUGGCCAUCAUCUUAAGCCUCUUCAUAUCCGGGACCGUAGACUCCCUGCAGGCCCUGGAGUGGUGGACAUUACUCUGUCUCUCUGUGAUCGUACUGAUGCUGGUCCUCGUUAUGCUGAUCAUCUGGAGACAACCACAGAGUGCAACCAGUGCUGCUUUCAUGGUUCCUUUUGUGCCAUUGCUUCCCAUUUUCAGCACCUUUGUCAACGUCUAUCUCAUGGUUCAACUCGGAUCAGACACGUGGAUCCGCUACGCAGUGUGGAUGGCAGUAGGUUUAAUCAUCUACUUCUGUUAUGGUGUUCGGCACAGCGUGCAGAAACAAAGGCUCCAAAAUUCACAAAACCAAACCAGCAUUCACAGCAUCACCACCUCUAGAGAACAAAACCUCGAACCUGGACAAGACAUUAACGGGCAAAUGAUGUGA